AUAAGCUGCCACACCCCCCUCUGGUGGGCUCAGCAGGAUGGACUUACAGUGGAUAACAUUCUGCUUGUUGCUCCUCUUCUGUGGGGAGCCUGCCUAUCUGAAGACUCAGGACCAUCUCAGCUGUCCAGAACCCAAGGAGCUGGAAGCCAGCAAAGUUGUCAUCCUGCCCAGCUGUCCAGGCUCCCCAGGAAGUCCUGGGGAGAAGGGAACUCCAGGUCCUCACGGGCCACCUGGACCACCAGGCAAAAUGGGGCCCAAGGGUGAGCCCGGAGAGCCAGUGAGCCUGCUCCGGUGUCAAGAAGGCCCUAGAAGCUGUCAGGAGCUGCUGAGCCAGGGCGCCACCCUGAGCGGCUGGUACCACGUGUGCCUACCUGAGGGCAGGGCCCUCCCAGUCUAUUGCGACAUGGACACCUUGGGAGGUGGCUGGUUGGUGUUCCAGAGACGGCAGGAUGGGUCUGUGGAUUUCUUCCGCUCUUGGGCCUCCUACAAAGCAGGUUUUGGGAACCAGGCAUCUGAGUUCUGGCUGGGGAAUGAGAAUUUGUAUCAACUCACCCAGCAGGGUUCCUGGCAGCUUCGGGUGGAGCUGGAAGACUUCAGUGGCAACCACACCUUUGCCCACUAUGCCACCUUCCGCCUCCUCGGGGAGGCCGACCACUACCAGCUAGUGCUAGGCACAUUCUCAGAGGGCACCGCAGGGGACUCUCUGAGCUCCCAUAGUGGGAAGCCCUUUUCCACCUAUGAUGCUGACCAUGAUGGAAGUAAGGGCAACUGCCCAGUGAUUGUCCACGGCGCCUGGUGGUACCAUGCCUGCUACCGAUCCAACCUCAAUGGGCGCUACGCCAUGUCUGAAGCCACUGCCCACAGGUAUGGCAUCGACUGGUCCACGGGCCUAGGUGUGGGCCACCCUUACCGUAGGGUUCAGAUGAUGCUUCGCUAAGGCAACCUAGAAAACAGUACCCUUCUCUUCAUCGUAGAGCUUCUGGAACCUCAACCACUUCCCCAUUGCCACCCACAUCUGCUUUCCUGUCCACAUUUUAAAAUAAAGACUGUUAACCCUU